CACGCACUUUAACGGUGGUAGCACUCGCGCUCCAUCCUCUCUGACAGCCUCACAAAGUAGGGUUCCAUCCUCGUCAUGGCAUCUGAAGAGCUCGCACGAAAGCUGCAAUCGCGGCUUUCUGCUACACAGGAGGCCGUACCGAGGCCCGAGCCCGAACAGAGCCCUGUCCGACCCAAACCGCAGGGGUCAGAUGCUGCCUGUGGAGAUUCAUCAUCCGAGCUAUCCGCCAAACUGACGCGUAGGCUGGACAUCAACGAGGGCAACGCUGCACCACGAGCGACCCGGGUCUUCAACCCUUACACCGAGUUCAAAGAGUUCUCCCGCAAGCAGAUUAAGGAUAUGGAGGGAAUGUUCAAGCGGUAUGACACUGGGAAAGAUGGCUUCAUCGACCUGAUGGAGCUAAAGCUGAUGAUGGAGAAGCUGGGAGCUCCACAGACUCACCUGGGCCUGAAAAAUAUGAUCAAAGAAGUGGAUGAAGACUUUGAUGGCAAACUAAGCUUCAGGGAGUUCCUGUUGAUUUUCCGGAGAGCAGCAGCUGGAGAACUGCAAGAAGAAAGUGGUCUAAUGGCAUUAGCAAGACUUUCUGAGAUCGAUGUCUCCACUCAGGGUGUUAUGGGGGCCAAAGACUUUUUUGAAGCCAAGAUGCAGGCUCUGUCUGCCGGUAGCAAGUUUGAGGCUGAAAUUCGAGAGGAAAAAGAAGAACGCAAGAGACAAGAAGAGGAGAAAAAACAACGACAUGCUGCCUUCAAGCAGCUGCAGUCCACCUUCUGCUCAUAACCCACCACAGAAAGCAGAUGAUGCAGAUUGCAAAGUUCAGUGUUACUGAAGUUUUAGAAACACACUCCUUACUUAGACUCAAACCCGUUUCAAAUUGUGGCACUUAAAUAAAAAACUGAUUAAUUAAAUUAAAAUUAAAUCUUGACUAAAAUAAAAAACAUGUCAUAACUAGGCACAGGGUGAAGUCCAGGAUAUGGUUAGCCUUGCACAAAACUGAUACCUUGUGUAUUGUAUGUUCGACCUCUAGACCAUUUGAAAUCCGUCUUUGGGGUUUUUUUUCUGUUUGUUUGUUUUGAGUUUUGUGCUAUAACCUUGUUGAUGAACAGUAGUUUGCAAUCCCACAACUAAACAACCAUAAAUAUGUUUCUGUUUACCUACAGAGUAAAUAAAGAUGUGUUGUAGACCUAGGCUAAGGACAACAACUGUACACUGAAGUUUAGCCGUAUUGCUAAAAGCACACAGAAGACGGCUUCCAUUUAAUCAUGCUUGCAUGUUACAGUACUAUUUCUCAACUUUGCCUUUGCUAAGACUUCGUUUCUAAUGACCCUAGGAAAAAAAAAAGAUGUUCUCAAGUGGAGGUCUGAUGAUAAUCCUAAUAGUGGCAGGAGACAGUUUUCUAAGUGGCGUCUCUUUAGUUAUCCUCUUUCGUAAGGAACCAUCUGUAUAAAAGACCAAUGAGCCAUUGUUUGAAUAAUUCCUUUGUGAUGAUUUGUGCACAGUAAUAUGGUGUAAAAGCAGUAGCAAGCACCUUUACUGUGACCAAACAGUAUGUUUGUGAGCAGCAUCUCAAGUACAUGCAAGUUACAAGGUCCCAGGAGAAAUGUGCCCAUCUAAUUUGAUUUUACAGGUUCCCUCCUGUAAAAAGAGUGACAUAUCACAAAUUAAGAUGUGAAAGGUCUGGUGUCUGUAGACUACGGGAUAACAAAAAAAGUACAAGCUGUCACUUCAGUGCCCGAUUACACCGAAAAGAUGACCCAGAACAAGAUAGAAAACAUUCAGUUCUUUUUUUUUUUUUUGUAGCUCCAGAAAAGUAAAAUCUUCAUGUGUUAUUUUCAAAUGCACUGUGGUGUUUUGGUGUAAGAAACAAAAUGUUAGGGAGAGUUCAGUCAAUAUACACUGGUAACCUCACUACUGUUUUUUUUUUUUGCCAAUGAGCCAUUACCUAUAGGUUUUUAACUGACUUCAGAGACCGCUGAAAUUCAGCUUCAUUUCCAAAUAGGACAAAUGCUGUUUUUUAUGUUGUGACUGUGAAUUACAGUACUAUUCAGUACGACUAAGUCUUGGGCCAUCGUUCAUUUCUUUAAACUUAGGUAAAAUGUGUAGUAUUUGAGGUGAAAAAUGAAUCUAUUUUGGAAAAAAGAUGUAAGCUGACAAAAUGUGGAACAAGUGAGUACCUUUAGAGGCACUGUAACAGAAAACUUGGCAAACAACCUAUUUUCUGUGGCAUUUCAUGCUCACAUCAGGUGUCUGACCUGGUCUUGUUUUUCCCAUUUCAGAAAUAGGGGUAACCUCAGGACUGUUGUCUCAAAAUGUGAACUGGAGAUUCUCAUCCAUGCUUUGAUCUGUACUAGUUCAAAUUAUUGUAAUACGCUGUUUUCUUGUCUAAAGCAUGUAGUAAUUGCUUCUAGUCCAUCUAAAAUGCUGCUGGAAGGCGUUUAACUGAUGUUAAAUCUUCUCGAAACAUCUUUACACUGGCUUCCUGUCAGGUUCAGAUUUUAGUUAAAAAUGUAUGCCCCAUCUGUAAUGUCCAUUUUAUUUAUGUAACACCAAAUCAAAACAACAGUUUCUUUAUAUUUUAAGGUAAAAACCCUAAAAUAGUAAUAAAGACCUGCAGUAAUUCCCUGAUUCUCCAAGCUGGGUUCUUAAGCCCAGGUAGGGGUUUUCUUGCUAUCUCACGUGUUAGUCUGAAAACAAAGAACAAUUGGGUGUUUCAAUCCUUUGCUCCAAAAUACUGGAACAGCUUAAUCCUCUCUUUUUACACUCUUAACCCUGUGACAUUCUUUAAAACAGCUUAAAGACAGGCACUUAGCUAAUGUUUUUGCAUACUGUGGUGUUUUACUGGUUCAUGUAAAAACCAUUUUGACUUUGCACAAGCUGUACUUGAAUGUCUGUCACUUACUUGUUAAGAACCAAUUCAAGUUAUUCCUUUAGAUACAGUAUUUUUAUUAUUAGCGGCCUGUCACAAAAAUGCAUAAUUUACUCUGAUUUAAUUCCAACAGAGCGAUUUUCAAAUUGAUGGAGUUUGAUUAGAGUUAGAGAGACAGGACAAAAGACAUGCUGUGGAAGAGAGCUACGUUACCUGAUCCAUCCCUAACUAUAAGCUUUGUCAAAAAGGAAAGUUUUAAGCCUAAUCUUAAAAGUAGAAAGUGUGUUUGCCUCCUGAAUCCAAGCUGGGAGCUGGUUCCACAGAAGAGGUGUCUGAAAGCUGAAAGCUCUGCCUCCCAUACUACUCAAUUACCCAUCAACCACAAGUUAAUCAACAGUCUGUGUACUUAAUCAGAUGGGGCCUGAUUAUUCAAGACCUUGUAUGUGAGAAGCAGGAUUUUGCAUUCAAUUCUGGAUUUAACAGGGAGGCAAUGAAUUAAAAGCCAAUAUAGGAAAACUAUAAAUUUUCUUUCUAGUCCCUGUCAGUACUGACAGGGAUGUUAUAAUGUUUUUGUAUUAUAUACUAUAUUUCCAUGUUUGUUUGCGUGUGUUUCAGUAAAUCACUGUACCUUUUUCCUACCAAAAUAUAAAGACCUGAGGGUGGCUCAAGACUCUCAGCACUGUAUACAUGUCCAAUGGGAAAAGUCUCACGGCAGUACUUUGAGAUCAGAGACAGGCUGUACAGGAUAGUCCUGCAGUUCCUUCAUUCAGCACAUCUGCAUAGAAAAGAGAUGUAUGUGUUACUUCAUCAUGUAGUCUUAGCUUUAUCAUUAGCUUUGCUAUGCAGCUAUGUUGGUAGCAUUGGUCUAGAAAAGAGACUGAUACUUGAAGAAAUAGCUGAAUACUUUGGGAAAUACUAGGAUUUUCACUUCGGUAAUCUCGGGGUUGCACUUUCACUUUGCUUAGCGUAAAGACUGGAAGCAUGGUUAGCAACUAGCCUAGUUCUGUCCAAACAUAGAUAUAGCAAUAGCCUUAAGGCUCCCAAUUAUGUUUUAUGUGGGUUCAGGUCAUUUCUAGUAUUUGGUACCAUUUGAGUCCACAUAUCAGAACUAAGUGUAUUUUGUAUAAUAAUGGGCCAGUAGCUAUUUUUCCAAAUCUUGUCUUAGCCUAAAAUGCCGCAUCCCCAUGUCACCUUUGUUUAAGUUAAGUUACCAAUAUGAGUUCAAAAUUUUAAAAUUAUUUCCAGUAUAAACUGAUAUUAUUUGUAAUUUUGAUCAUAGGUUUGAUAAACACGAGUAAUAGUUACUCACUUAAGGAUAAAACAUCUUUCCUGUUAUAGUACUAGGCAGAAUAGUUAUUGACAUGAAAUGCAUAUCAUUGUGUGUUUUUAAUUUAUUCACAGGAUGACAUUCAAAGUUUAAUCUAUACAAUGUUUUUAGUAAUUUUUAACCUAAUUUAUCUAAUUCUUUUUUCAUAGUUUGGUAUCUAAACCCCAAAUAUGUCGUGCAGUCAGACUGUAUAUGGAAAAGGAGACUACAAAGAAUAUUAAAAAUUGUGUUUAAGUGAUAAUAAUUGCACAGUACACUGGCAGGAUUUUAUUUUAUUUAUGAUUAUAAAUGUUUUAACAAUAUGCAUUUAAAAUGUUGAAUUUGAAAAAUGCAACUUCUUCAAGUUAAUGUUAUUAUCGGAUUAUACAUUUCAUUUACAAAAUGGUUAUUAGUGAUUAUUACUAUGGUUUUUUUUUUUUUUAUCUGAUAGAUGUUAGAAACUUUUAAACCUUUACAGGAUUAAAUUUUCAUUGAACAGGAAGAAUUACAAAUAAUUGGGCCAUUUCAUUCAAUGAACAAAAUCACGUCCUCUCACUGGUUAAGCAAACGGUGAGGCAAGUAUUCACUGGUGUGAUGUCACCUUGCGGACAAAAUUAAUAAAAUAAAAUGAAACAACGUUAUGCAUAUAUUUAUGGUUAAAUUGAGUACAUUUAAAAUAAAUAAUAAAUGGAAUACUUAAAAAAAAACUGGACCAAAUUUCAUUAAAAUGUAUUCUUAAUUUAAAAGACAUGAAUUGAAGUUUCAGAACAAAGAUACAGAUCAUGGCUUUUUUCAGUGGUACUUUAUUAAUACCUUGUAAAGUACAUUUAGGGGCAUUUAGCAUGUCACACAUGGAGAAUUUGGACAAAAUUGUUCAAGCAUUAUAUCUUCAGCUUGACUAGUAUACUAUUCUAAUAGUUUAUGAAACCGCCUCUCACGAAAUCAUAAAUGAUACUACUUUGAAAUGGCAUUAAAUAGUAGAAAUGACCAAAAUGUUAGCACCAAAGUGUUACGUAGAUUGAUAAAUAGAUUCAGAUCUUCCAGGACCUGAAACUAAAAAGUGUUUUUGAAAAAUGUAUUAGCCAGUAUACUUCACAGUGCUAAUGCAUCUAUUUCCUCUUGUAGUCUCACUUUUGGAAAGAAAGUACUUUUUUCCCAAUGAUGUUGAUCUAUAUCUAAAACAAAAUUUAAGAAAUCCUUUACAGAAACACUGACACAUGGGCAGCAGUUUGGCUGUUGUGGAAGAUGCAGUCCUCUCAUCUUUUUUAAACAAUAUGCAGUGUCACUACCUGUGGAAUGACUGUAAUGUCAUCUGUUAGCACCAUACCGGCAACAUACUGAAAUCACACUAGUAAAAAUUAGUUUUUAAAAAUUAGUAAAUAAGUAAAUAUUGCAUAUGUGCAGAACCUGCUCUGUUCUGAGUGAGGUCAUUGCCUUUAAUUUGUCAGCUUUGAAGGGCAGAAGUACAUUUUGGGUUGCUAUACGGAUGUAGAAAACAGUAAAAGAAUUAUUAUUUUCUGAUACAUAGAUAAUAAAAGAAAUUCUAGAAGAUCAAAUAGAUCCACAAGCCCAAUGAAGCAGAGAGGCUCUAACCUAAACAGUGUAAAGCGCAUUUUAUGUUCCUGAUCAUUUUAUUUAGUCUCUAUUAAUGUACUAAGUUGUAGCAUGUUAUUGUCGACAUAUAACCAACCAGUGUAUGGAUUGCAUACUUUAUCAGUGAUUUGUUGUAGAAAUGGACAGAGUAUUUUUUGAUGAAUAAAUUGUCUUUUGUUUUAUUAGAAAAGUUGCCAAAUAUUAAAGUCAGCAAAAUAUAUUUUUCAGCACUGUAUAGAUAUUGUAUUUCUGCUGUCUCUGUCAGAAUGGUAAUGUUAAACUUAACUGCAAUAAAUGAUAAAUAGAAUGGUAAA